AUGGCCCGCAACACAACGGACCGCCAUCUCACCGUGCUUGUCCAUGAUCUGCUAAACAUUGCCGACGAGCAUACCGGCAGCUCGCUGCUGAGCACCAACCAGGCUCGCGCGGAGGCGACAGGCCACAUUCUGUGCGAAAAGUCGCGCCACUCUCGAGAGGAGCUCAACGAGUUUGUCAUGAACGUCCGGGGUCUGUCCAACCGGCUGAGCAACCUCAAGUUGAAGCCGCAGCUGCGACAAGUGAUGAUUGUAGCGAAACUGCAGGAUAAAGACAUCAUUGCCAAGACGCGCGACUUUGCGUCGCUGCUGAUGAAACGUGGAAUCUCCGUCUACGUGCAGAAAGAGCUGGCGGCCCAUCCUCUGUUCAACCUCAAUGGACUUGAGGGAGACGCCAAAAACGCCGACACAAAGUUCCACACUUGGUCCGAGGUGGCUCUGCCGGACCCCAACAAACUGGACCUGGUCGUGACCCUUGGGGGCGACGGAACGGUGCUAUUUGUGUCCUGGCUGUUCCAGCAGAUUGUGCCACCGGUGGUCUCCUUUGGCCUGGGCUCUCUGGGAUUCCUCACCGAGUACGAGUGGGACAGACGUGAGGAGACGAUCGAUUCGAUCGACAAAAACGGCAUCUAUCUGUCGUUGAGAAUGCGGUUCGAGUGCCGCGUCAUCCGAGCUGUCAAGGACGACGGAGAGGACUGGAUGACCCGAGACUUGGACGACGAAAUUCGUUCCAUGGUUACCUCCCACAACUCGACCGACAACCUGGACGAGUACUCGUACGACAAGCAUUACGUGGACGCCACGCACUCGAUUCUCAACGACUUGGUGGUUGACCGAGGCACAAACUCCACCAUGACCACCACAGAGCUGUACACGGACUUUGAUCACCUGACCACCGUACAGGCCGAUGGACUGGUGAUUGCCACUCCUUCUGGAUCCACGGCGUACUCCCUGUCCGCAGGAGGAUCUCUUGUUCACCCCGAUAUCCCCGGCAUUCUCAUUUCCCCCAUUUGUCCCCAUACUCUGAGUUUCCGGCCGGUUGUUGUGCCCGAUAAUACUACGAUUCGAAUCGGAGUGCCAUACGAUGCUCGGGCGUCGGCGUACUGCUCGUUCGACGGCCGAUCGAGGGUGGAACUGACGCCUGGAGACUUUAUCACCGUCACCGCGUCGCGAUUCCCAUUCCCCAAGGUGCAGUCGGAGGCUGGGUCCGAGUGGUAUUCUGGUUUGUCCAAUACGUUGAACUGGAACCAGCGAAAGCGACAGAAGCGGUUCACCAACAUUUAA